UCAGACUGAGCUGUUGUGUCUUUCAGCCUCUGGCUUUCACUCGGCUCGCUGUUUGUCCUCCAUCUGACGCACCAAAGCAAACUGAACCCGAGACCUCGCAGCCAACAUGAACCUUUUCUGCUUUUCUCUGGAGGGAUCUAUGGACAGCCUGUACGAGGCGGUGCAGAGCUCCAGCGACGGCCCACCACAGCCUGUCCCGAGCCGCUCCUCCAGCCGCUUGUGCAGCCGCUCCUGCAGCCCGGCAGUCUUGCUGAAUGAUGGCACAAAGUGGCGAGGCUCUGGAAGAUCUAUAUCCAUGGAGAUGCCUCAGACGCAGAGAGCCAACUCGAACAAGAAGAAAAGAAGGACACAUAUAUCCAAAUCUGCAUCAGAUAAUGAAACACUAGACACUCCCGGCUGUAAUACUGCAGUGUGGCAGCAUGCCAGGAGCAGAGAAGAUUUAGUUCACAUCGCCAACAAUCACAAUGAAGAGAUGCGAAAGACGAAACACAGGACAGAAACCAGAGGUGGUAAAGGAAGUCAUCAUUCUGGCACCAAGAAAAAGGAGAAACAGACCUCAAGCCAGAGUGUCCAUGCCAACGGAGUGGCAACAGAGUCCAAAGCAGCUGUCAGGAGAAACCCCAAAAACAGCAAGAAAGCAGGCGGGAAAAGUGGGAAAGAAGGGACAAAGAAAGCAAACAGCUCCAGAGUGUGCUCCCCACCUGGCAUGAUGAGCCCACAGAUGGGACACCACUUUCCCGAAGUGCCGUACAGAUCAGACAGGAGGCCCUACCCGGGUAAAUUCUCCACCCUCCCCUCUCAGGAGAACACAACCCCAGGCCGAUGCACUGACAUGGCCAGCCUUCCCGGUGGAGCGACGCCCACCCACCACCAGCGGUGGAGUAACCCUGCUGACAGCAGUCUAGCCUGGGGGACCGUACAGCACACCUGCCGCAGGCCUCUAACAGAGUAUCGCGUCUACUCCCAUGACUUCAUCACGGCGCAUGUGAAGGAGUGGGAAGGAAGACAGGAGCACCGGCAGGUAGUGGCCCAGGAUGGUUGCUUGAAGCAGGACUGUAAACCUGAGAUUCCCCCAAGGGUGCCGCGAUCUAUCACUGAUGUGGACCUGUCCGAACCAAAUCGCUCCACAAGCUUUGGCAAAUUUGAAGGUCUCAGACAUCACUCAUCACAGGCCAAACCGAAGGAAAAUGGAACCGCUAUGGUCACAGAAGAAUGUGAAAGUUCAGACCCAAACAACUCAGCUGGACUCCGGAAGAAGAUGAAGGAGAUUUCACUGACCAUGCGCAGAAAAAUGGGCAAAAAACAUGCCAAGUCUUUAUCCGAGGAGACAGGCGAUGACACAGACAAAGAGCCAGAUGCAGAGACAGAAAGCAGCCCUCCAGCUGAGAAAAACUCCACACAGACAAGCAACUCCUUGGAGAGUCUUUACAGUGGCCAGAGCUCCUCCAGUUCAGGUGGUGUGACCAGUGAGUCCAAUGGCUCUGGUCAGAGAGACAGUCUGAGGCUGGAGGAGGACGGCUCGUAUCACGGACAGUUCUGUGGCCGAGCUCGAGUCCACACGGAUUUUGUUCCCAGUCCAUAUGACACGGACUCCCUCAAACUCAAGGUUGGUGACAUCAUCAACAUCAUCAGUAAGCCUCCAAUGGGCAUUUGGACAGGCAUGCUCAACAACAAAGUGGGCAACUUCAAGUUCAUCUAUGUCGACGUUUUGGUGGAGAAAGAAGAAGAAGAGGAGACUCCCAAAAUCAGACAGCAGAAGCUGUGCAAAAGACCUCGACCUAAAACACUGCUGGAGUUACUGGAACGCUUGAAUCUGGAGGAAUAUGCUUCUGCACUGAUGCUAAAUGGCUAUGAAACAGUGGAGUCCCUGAUGCACCUGCAGGAGAAACAUCUUAUAGAGCUGAACGUCAAAGACCCAGAGCACAGACAGAAGCUACUCACUGCUGCUGAAUACCACUACACAGAAGGUGAUGAUGUCAGGGAUGCGGAGGAGCUCAAAUCUUCCCACAGUCUGCAGGAGGAAGACAGCGACUGUCCCAGAGACUCGGGCUGCUUCAUCCCGUCAGAGUGUUCAGACAGCAAGGAGGACACAGAGCCCGUCACAGACGCCGUGGAGUCCUAAAGCACAUGUUUGUCAUUUGUAUACUUUGAUCAGAGUUUAAGUUGCACAUUUUCUUGUGACUUUGAUGAAAAUGGUUUUAAAAGACUCAUUUCAUAACUUUCUGAAAAUGUCACAAUUGUAUCCCUUGUUCCAGUGAGGGAACAAGGGAUACAAUUUGCUUUGUAUAUGCUAAAGCUUUCUAAUGUGGAAGCUUUAGCAUAUACAAAGAAGAGACAAUAUUCUUAACUUCAUAUUAUCUUUUUGUCACUUUAUCACUAUGAUAGGUAUAGGCAUUGAGUUUUGGCAGUAAGUUGCCAAAAUUUUGUCACAUUAAUGUCAUUUGUAUUUAUUGCAUUCUAAAUCUUGAAUUGUUUUUGCGUGUAAAGCUUUUAUUUAUCACAGCUGCAUCAUUUUGACCUUUCUUGUUACGUCUGAUCUCUGUUUAACUUUCGGUCUACUUUCCUUUCCUGUGAUUUAACAGCUGUUUGUAUAUUCAGAUCUUGUCUGUAAUGCAUACUCUACAGAUUGACAAGUAUACUUUUUUCUGAAAGUGCAUUUGAAUGAGAUUGUGUGUGAGAGAGCCUGUGUGUGAGCAUUCCUGUGAAAAGGAGCAUUCAUUUAUUUUCAAAACUUUUUGUAAAUAAAGCAUUUUAA